CGGGACUUUGCCUCUCUAUGAAUGCUAUUGGUGUUGAUUAGAAAGUGUCCCAACCGACCCUGCUCUCCCCUACUUCCUCCACCACUAGUAGUAUUAGCAGUAGCCUAGUACUGUAGCAGUAGCAGGCUAGUAGUAGCAUGAUAGUCUAGUAUUGUAGCAGUAUUAGACCAGUAGUAUUAGCAGUAGCCUACAAGCUAUCAGUGGUGAAGAGUUAGAAAGUUAAAAGUUGGUAAAUAUGGCCAAAGAUGAAGCAGCCUGUGGACUGGGCAGUCCACAUGGUGGUGGGGGUGUAGGGAGCUGCUCUCUCUCUGAUCCACAACCAUCUCCACUGUCUUUAAACGUUACAUUGUUAAUAUGGCACCACGGUCACCAGAUGAAUCAUCUUCCCUCCUGUAGAUGGACUCAUCCCCCAGAGAUGAGCCCAAGAGGGUGGUGUCUCCGGACUCCAGAGGCCUUGACGGACAGUUCUGUGUUUCUGUAGAUAUGACCUAUCUGAGCUCUAUGAGCUCUCUGAGCUCUCUGCUCCGGCUCGGCCGCUGCUUCUCCCGCCUUCACGUCCGUCUGUGUCCACACAGUGUUUACCGCGGCCAUGCUCAGCCCCGCAGACUGCUGGUGGACCUGGGGACAAGAAAACUUGAGAUCUCUUCAGGGAGGUUUGCUAGAUUUGAUGAUGGAUCUGCUGUAGUACAGCUGGGCGAUACCUCUGUGAUGGUGACUGCUGUGAGCAAAACCAAACCUUCUCCGUCUCAGUUCAUGCCCCUGGUGGUGGACUACAGACAGAAAGCAGCUGCUGCUGUCGAAUCCCCACUAAACUAUUUGAUGCGAGAGACUGGGCCACCACUGCACAACGAGAUCCUCACCAGCAGACUCAUAGACAGAGCGAUCAGACCGCUGUUCCCUUCUGGUUACUUCUAUGAUACUCAGGUCCUUUGUAACCUGCUGGCAGUUGAUGGUGUCAAUGAUCCAGAUGUGCUGGCUAUUAAUGCAGCUUCUGCUGCUCUGGCCCUGUCUGACAUCCCCUGGCAUGGACCCAUAGGUGCUGUGCGUGUGGGCAUGGUGGACGGAGAGCUGCUGAUCAACCCCACCAGGGCAGAGAUGACUGCCAGCAGUCUUAAUCUGAUUGUGGCCGGAGCUCCUUCCAGUCAAGUGGUGAUGAUUGAGGCGUCAGCUGAGAACGUGCUGCAGCAGGACUUUUGCCACGCGGUGAAGGUGGGAGUCAAACACACCCAGCAGAUCAUACUGGCCAUCCAGCAGCUGGCGCGAGAGCAGAAGGUCACCAAGCGCACCCCGGUCAAGGUCUUCUCAGCCCCGACUGACAUGGUGGAGCACGUUCGGCAAUCAGCUUCCAAGAAGAUCUAUGUUGUUUUCACUGAUUACACUCACGACAAGAUUUCAAGAGAUGAAGCUAUCAAUAAAGUUCGACUAGAAACUGAAGAGGACCUAAAAGAAAGAUUCCCUCAGGCUGAGCCCUUCGAAGUCAUUGAAUCCUUCAACAUUGUGAGCAAAGAAGUUUUCCGCAACCUAGUGCUUAAUGAGUACAGGAGAUGCGAUGGGAGGGAGUUGACUGCUGUAAGGGACAUUUCUUGCGAUGUGGACCUCUUUAAGCCGCUGCAUGGCUCAGCUCUGUUCCAGAGAGGACAAACACAGGUGCUGUCCAGCGUCACAUUUGAUUCCUUGGAAUCCAGUGUCAAAGCAGAUAUUAUCACCACAGCUUUUGAGUGGCACUCAAAUCCAAAAAUUUCAUGCUUCAUUUAUGAGUUCCCUCCGUAUGCAACCAAUGAGAUUGGAAAGAUGGGAGGCAUCAACCGGAGAGAGCUUGGUCAUGGUUUUGGGCCCCUGGCUGAGAAAGCUCUGAGACCAGUCAUUCCUAAAGACUUCCCUUUCAAUCGGGUCACCGCUGAGGUGCUGGAGUCAAACGGGUCCUCCUCAAUGGCUUCAGCGUGUGGAGGCAGCCUUGCACUAAUGGAUGCAGGUGUGCCCAUCUCUUCUGCAGUGGCAGGUGUAGCAGUUGGCCUCAUCUCCAAGGCCAGCCCAGACAAACCUGCUGAGAUCCAAGACUACAGAUUACUGACUGAUAUUCUGGGAAUAGAGGAUUACCUGGGAGACAUGGACUUCAAACUGGCAGGAACAAACAAGGGCAUCACUGCUUUACAGGCUGAUGUGAAGAUCCCAGGUUUGCCUCUGAAGGUGGUCAUGGAGGCUAUCCAACAGGCCACAGUGGCAAAGAAGGAUAUCUUGAACAUCAUGAACAAAUGUACAGCAAAACCCAGAGAGACGAGGAAAGCGAAUGGACCUGUUGUUGAAACUGUCCGGGUGCCUGCCUCCAGACGAGCACGCUUUGUCGGUCCAGGGGGCUAUAACCUUCGCAGGCUACAAGCCCAAAAGGGUGUGACAAUAAGUCAGGUGGACGAGGAGACUUUCUCAGUGUUCGCUCCAAACACCAGGAGCAUGAACGAAGCCCAAGACUUCCUAAGUGACAUCUGCAAAGAUGAUCAAGAACAGCAGCUGGAGUUUGGUGCAAUCUACACUGCCACUAUCACUGAGAUAAGGGACAUUGGUGUGAUGGUGAAGCUUUAUCCCAACAUGAGUGCCGUCCUGCUGCACAACUCCCAACGGACCCACAAACGGAUCAAACACUCCGAGUGCUUGGGUUUAGAGGUUGGACAGCAGAUACAGGUCAAAUACUUUGGACGGGACCCAAACAGACGGCAGAAUGAGACUUUUCACGGAAGGUUGCUCCAGUCUCCCGCCGCAACUGUCGUCAAGACACUGAGUGAGAACAGAGCAUCUCCGUGGGUUCAAGCAACAACACACGACAGCACUGAUUUGUGACCCAACACAACGGGCUAGCUUCUGACUUUGCCACCAAAGUGGAUUUAAACGGAGUAGAUUCGACUACGAAACAGUUCUGUUGAGAAAUCUACAGAACCAAGAGCAUCAGAUCUAGUCACAAACUGAACCCAGUGUUGUACAUAAAGAGGUUUACCCCGCUGGUGGGGGUACGGAAGUGAUUAAACUGCAGGAGACACAACUUUUAUUUUGAAGUAUACCCUUUUGUGGUGUCUUGUUUUCAGAUUUGCCACUUCAGCUAUCAUUGACAGCAUCAAACAGUAAGAGGGUUCUCUUUCAGUCAUCUAGCGGCUUCCACCCAACAGACACAAUGCAAUGUAACAGUGGUUUUCUUAUAGAGUGCUACAGGAAUGAGUCAAGCCCCCAGGAAGAGCACCGGGCCUUGAAGCAAAUUUUUGUAGUGGCCAAAUGGUGGAAUUACAACUUCAGUGUCCGUCACGUGAUGCCAUUGGGCCCAAAAAGGCUUUUUCCCAUAGACUUACAUUGGGAAAGAGACGUCUGUGACUCAGAGGAUCAUUUCUUUUUAGGAAAAUCAACUCUCCAAUAUGAACACUUGAAUAGUCCUUAUUUAAAUCAUUAGCUCCUAAAAGCUGUAAAAUGCUCUAAUAGCUGAAUCCAGAGUUAUUUCCCUUCCUCUGUUCAUGUGAAUGAGACCCAGACUGAGGCUGGA